CCCUAAUUUAAGGUGGUCUUUAAUCAGCCUCCAAAAUCACCUCCCCCGUCUUUUGCCCCGACUGAGAGAGAUAGAGAGAGAUAGAGAGAGAGAGGUUCGAGUGCUGGUGCAUGCGGCUUCCCUGGCUGAAGAAAUAAAGAUGGAUUCAGUACUUCGCGGGUCCUUUCCCAAACGUUCUUCAAUAAUUGUGGGUGCAAACGACUGGAGGAGUGACAGAUUGAAGAAGGUUUGCUCUCCAAAUGUAGGUUCUCAUCUAGCCGUCAAACUUUCAAGACAUGGAGCAUGGAAUAUCUUGGACAGACACUUAGAUAUCGGGUCUCAGCAGCAGUUGUUGAAGCAUAAUAUAAGAGGUUUUGAGGAAAGAACUAGUUUUCACAGGGGACGUAAUAAAAAAUGUCUGGUGAAUGCAGCCUCUGGACACCCUCUUGAACCUGAGACUGGAGCUUAUCAACCGAAAAACAUUUGGGUCACUCUCAAAAAUGCAUUAGAUGCUUUCUACAGGUUUUCACGGCCACACACAGUUAUUGGCACAGCAUUAAGCAUAAUCUCAGUUUCUCUACUUGCAGUCGAGAACCUGUCAGAUAUAUCUCCAUUGUUUUUCACUGGGGUAUUGGAGGCUGUGGUCGCUGCCCUAUUCAUGAAUAUUUACAUUGUUGGUCUAAAUCAGUUGUCUGACAUUGAUAUAGACAAGGUUAACAAGCCAUAUCUCCCAUUAGCAUCAGAAUAUUCAGUUGGAACUGGUGUCAUGAUUGUGAUGUCUUUCUCCGUUCUGAGUUUUUGGCUUGGAUGGAUUGUUGGUUCAUGGCCAUUGUUUUGGGCACUGUUCCUCAGUUUCGUACUUGGAACUGCUUAUUCAAUCAAUUUGCCUCUAUUGAGAUGGAAGAAGUUUGCAGUGGUUGCUGCAAUGUGCAUCCUGGUUGUGCGGGCAGUGAUUGUUCAACUUGCAUUUUUUCUACACAUGCAGACCCAUGUGCUCAAAAGACCCGCUGUCUUCUCAAGGCCACUGAUGUUUGCAACUGCAUUCAUGAGCUUUUUUUCAGUUGUUAUAGCAUUAUUUAAGGAUAUACCUGAUAUUGAUGGAGAUAAGAUAUAUGGCAUCCGCUCUUUUUCAGUACGUUUGGGUCAAAAGCGGGUAUUUUGGAUUUGUAUUGUACUCCUUGAAAUGGCUUAUGGUGUUGCCCUUUUAAUGGGAGUAGCAUCUUGCAGCUUUUGGAGUAAACUCAUCACGAUUUUGGGACAUGCAAUAUUGGCUUCAACACUAUGGAAUCGUGCCAAAUCUGUUGAUCUGAGCAGCAAAGCUGCAAUCACAUCUUUUUACAUGUUUAUUUGGAAGCUCUUCUAUGCUGAGUAUUUGCUCAUACCACUUGUCCGGUGAGGAUGGGAAACAUUUUCGAUAACAGGGUUGAUUGGUGAAAUGAUUUACGCGUUUGAAGUUGUAUGCUAUGUAUAAUUACCUCCCCCCUCCCCUGUGAACUCAAAUCUGUACAAGGGAAUCUUGUGUUCAAGGAUUUGUAAAAUGCAUUUGGAAACUCCAUCGCCAUUCUGCAA